GCAGCGCUUCCGGACUGGCCAGUCGCCUCGCGGCUCCCACCCGCUGUCCGCCAUCUUAACUUUGGUCAUGCUCGACCAUCCCAGCUUCUAAUCGCCUUCUUGAGUUUAGCGAAGCCUCUAAUCGCCUUCUUGGUUGAGGGCGGAAGCGAGGUCUGCGUAGCGCAGGCGGCGGUCACACGUUCUAGACCCUCGUGGUAGCGGCGCUCAGGAUGCUGCGCCGCGAGGCCCGCCUGCGCCGCGAGUACCUGUACCGCAAGGCCCGCGAGGAGGCGCAGCGCACCGCCCAGGAGAAGAAGGAGAAGGUGCGGCGCGCGCUCGAAGAGAACCACCUGAUCCCCACUGAGUUACGCCGGGAGGCCCUAGCCUUACAGAGCUCCCUGGAGUUUGACGACGCUGGCGGUGAAGGUGUAACCAGCCACGUGGAUGAUGAGUAUCGAUGGGCAGGGGUCGAGGACCCCAAGGUCAUGAUCACUACUUCCCGAGACCCCAGCUCCCGCCUCAAGAUGUUUGCAAAGGAGCUGAAGCUGGUGUUUCCGGGAGCCCAGCGCAUGAACCGCGGCCGACAUGAGGUGGGGGCGCUGGUGCAAGCCUGCAAAGCUAACGGGGUCACCGACCUGCUGGUGGUCCACGAGCACCGAGGCACGCCCGUGGGGCUCAUCGUCAGCCACCUGCCCUUCGGCCCCACCGCUUACUUCACGCUGUGCAACGUGGUCAUGCGGCAUGACGUCCCUGACCUCGGCACCGUGUCGGAAGCCAAGCCUCACCUCAUCGUGCAUGGCUUCUCCUCCCGCCUGGGCAAGCGGGUGUCCGAUAUACUUCGUUAUCUGUUCCCCGUGCCCAAAGACGACAGCCGCCGGGUCAUCACCUUCGCCAACCAGGACGACUACAUCUCCUUCCGGCACCACGUGUACAAGAAGACCAGCCAUCGCGACGUGGAGCUGACAGAGGUCGGGCCUCGCUUUGAGCUGAAGUUGUACAUGAUCCGCCUCGGCACACUGGGGCAGGAGGCCACUGCAGAUGUGGAGUGGCGCUGGCACCCCUACACCAACACCGCUCGCAAGAGGGUCUUCCUGAGCGCCCAGUGAGCCCGCGCGAGCGCCCUCUGCUGUGGACCGGCCUGGGCAGGUCAGAACGAAGCCUGCCACCCCAGCCCACCUGCCUCCGAGUGGCCCGACCGCUCUGCUGUCUGGGGACGUGUGCCGGACAGUGUGCGCGGGGUCUCCCCAUGCAGCGACCUUGCAGCGCUGGACGCUCUCAGGCCUGGUGUGGACACCGCCCAAGACAAUGCAGGGUGUGCCGGCCUUCCCCAGGGCCGUGGGGGGCGGGGGGCCCGGUCCUCGGGGAACCUGGGCCCCGUGAGAGCCCAUCUGCUGGGGGCUGACGCAGGGGCAGGACCUGGUCGGUGCUCCCAGGCCUCUCUGCCUGCCCAGCACCCGGCGCGCCUCCCAUCCAUUCAGCAGGCCAUGGGGCAGCGCAGGGACUCCCCGUACUCGCUCCUUUUGCCCCUCCUCUGCCCGCUUGCCUCGCUUGCACCCGGGCUCUGGUGGCACCCAGAGUGGGUGUCGACAGCCUGUAUAAUGCGCACAAGCUGAUGGGGGGCAAGGGCAGGUGGGGACAGGGCUCUUAAGACAAAGGUCGGGUGGGGGAUGGGGAAGCCUCUGCAGGAGCCUGACAGGUACAUGGGGCAGCAGGGCCACCUGGAUGACCCACGCAAAGACCGAGGCAGGCAGUCUCAUCGGGGUCCCAGGGGCAAGACCCACGGGACCAACUGACCUCGCACAUGCCCGCGAGUCCAGUUGGUUCUGGGGCUCCUGCAGCCUCCCACAGCCUCACUUCACCGAUGAAGACACCGUUAAGUUUUUUGUAAAACAAACAGCAGCAACUGAUGGAUAUUUCUCCUCCUCCCUUCCUCGUCACCCUCUAAAAGAAAAUCUUAAUAAAAAGAAAAUAAGCAACAUACAAA